AUGACCAAUCUAGGGGCGCUGGAACCGUCGCUGUCAUCCACGAGCGUAGAGUUACUCGACGACAACGACAGCGUUCACGUCCGCAGCAAGGUUCUCGCUCUUCGUCAGAGGAAAAGGGCUGAGCUCUUAGCCGCCGCAGGCCUCGGCAUCAAGGACGCUCUGCCUGCCAGCCUCAAUCGCUUCACCUGGGUCGGCGUCGAUGAGCUCACCGAGCAACCUGAAGCUUUCGCCUCGUCUACAAGAACCGCAUGUCUUCCCGAUUCCCGCGGCAGCGACGAAGACACGGACAAUGACAGUACCAUCCUAGGCCACAUUCAGCAGCUUCCGCUUCCCCCUCGACAGUCUACCCCAGACCAUCACGCGCGGCAACGUUCCCGCCCCUCUUUUGCUUCCGAAGACGCUGCAAGUAGCUCCCAAGACUCUGGCUCAUUGUCGAGACGCUUGUUGGAAGACGAUGAUGAUGCGCACAGCCUACAUACUACCUCAGCCACUGAGACAUCCUCAGGUCCUCCUUCGCGUCGUGGCUCGGGUGCGCCUGCGAACGUCCCUUCUCAUCGUCGCUCAAAGCACAAUUCUGGCAAGGACUCAUCCAAGUCAGGACCUUCCUCUCUAGCGACUAGUAGACCUCUCGGUCCGCCUCCGAGCCUGCCGCUUCCCCCCAAGCCGCUCUCUUCGCCGCAUGCUCGCAGUCCCUCCGCUACGCAAGAAGAUUUCUGGCCCUCACGAAGGUCCAGUCACGCCUCGACAAAGACGGCCGAUUCCUCACGAUCUUCGGCCAGUGGUCGCUCCAGCUGGAAAAGCAACUACCCGAAUCUAGCAUCCUCACCCCUGCUUCCCACCCCGAGCGACCGUAGCAACACCUCGGAUCUCUCAGAGGACGAGCUCAUCAGCAUUCGCGGCAUCUCCAAGCAAUUCCCGUCCCCCACCUCCGCUCUCGGUGCUCCUCCCACAUCGAGCCUGCACCCGCACAGACGAAAUAGCUCGCGAGCCAGUAAUCGCUCAGAAUCGUCUGCUGGGGGCUCCCGAAUGCAUCGAAAAGUCCUCAGCACCAUCCUCGACACUGCAUCGGAUCAUCCUGUGGAGACCGAUCCUGUCCGAGGCGAAGACAGCAGUGACGGCGCGCUCUCAGAUGUGCUCGAUCUCGCCGACAACAAAGGCACCCUCCGCACAAGGAAGCCGAAUCGAAAAGCCUUUCUGCCUCCCAGUGUCGCUGUGGCCCGAGUCGGUCUGGGUGCUCCCAUUCUCCUGCGACGCAGCUCAGAGCAAUCCUUGCGUUCUCCGAACACAACAAGGGCCACCAAAUCACCGGGCUCGGAGCAAGCUGGAACCAGACGAGAUGCGAAAGGCGAGCGGGAGCAUGUCGCUACACGUCCAGCAGAACGACCGAAUCAUCAGCGCAGUGCAAGCAUGUCCAGGAGCAUGAGCGAGCUCAUGGCCGCUCUUGAUCUCGAAGCGAGCGAAUGGGGCCAGCGGGUUGGCGGCUCAGACAUUGCGGAACCCAGCACGAGAUCGGGUGGUACAACGCAAAGAAGGGAAUCGCACGUGCUCGACGGCCAGCUGCGCAGACCUUCGAUCGACCAAGAUUGCAGUGGUGCCGUCCAGCCGCAGCUUCCCAACUCGGAUUCAAUUCCCACUCUGAGUCCAUCCGGAUCGCAAGAGGUGUCGCUGGAUGACUCACGCGGUCCAGCCACCGCCGAGUCAUCGCUCAUCCGUUCUGACAGCGCAAAGACGAUUCCUUCCCUUGCUGGCAGUAAGGAUAUCGUGACGGAGACUGCCGAUGGCGACUUCAACUCUAUCUACAACGCAUAUCGCUUCUCUGCCAGCACUGUGGCGUCCCGCCUCACUGCACCUGUCCUUCGCAUCGAAGACCCUCAGGGUGACGAGGUGUCUGACUCGGAGCUUGAGCGCGAUGCUGCCACGGCCGACGACGUGCCACGGAAGAGGACCAAGCCGAGCCGCAAGAAGAGUCUCGGCUUCGAAGAGCAGCGAGCCGCGUUGCGAAGCCGCCCUUCCUUGGCUCAACGCUCCGCAUCGCUGUCCUCCAAGCCAAGCCGGUCCUUCCUUUCUACCUUGGUACCUACUGAAGAGGAGGAGGACGGAUCGACGUCAGACGAUGCGCCCCCUUCGACAGCCGGUGACGGUGCCGAUCCGUACGCCUUCUACGAGUUCUCCCCAAGCUUGCCGCCGUUCAUGCCAGCAGGGGUGUCGCCCAUGGACUUGACCGGAAGAGGGACUUGGUCCAGCAUCGUUGCCCGCGCUUCGGACAAUAUGCGCUCGCGUCAGCCCUCCGUGGUGUCCCUUGCCUCGACAGCGACCACAGCGACCGGACCGAUGUCUAUGCGCGAAAUCCGAGCCAACGCCCACGCCAAGCAGAGACAAGCCGACGCUGCUCAUCGUGCGCGCGAGCAGAUGUCGAGUCAAUUUGCUUCCAUGAGCUACCGCCCUUUCGCCAUCCACGACCAUGCAGCGUCCGUCAUUGCAGGGCAGGCACGGAUGUCGAUCGACAAUCAGUCCUUCUUCUUGUCGAACAUGGGUUCUGGCAGUCCCAUUGAAGAUGCGGUCUCCGGGCGAAGCACGUCGAUGAGCAGCAUCAGCUACACGAGCACGUUGUCCCCCGAUCUUGGCGAAUACGGCACGCGUUGGCCGGUCGCCAUCGGAGCAGACCAGAGCGUCGGUCCUGAGGACGCUGCGUCCAUUUUCACCACAAAUCCGUGGUCUCUGUCCAGAAGCCCUUCUUCGGCUCAGCCACAGCCGAGGAUGUAUGCCGAAUUCAGCAUGCAGACUUCACCGCAAGCAUCGCCCACCGAGCCGACCUUUGCGAUUUCCGACUCGCUCACCGUCGACGAUGAACUCCAUCGUACGGAUGUGCAGGUCGGGAGCGAGGCAAGAUUGGGCCCCGCUGCUUCAUCUGGCCUCCAGGUCGCCUAUCGUGGGGUUGACGUUCCUCUGCGACGUCGAAAGAGCGCUGCCUCCAUCCUCAGCGCCCACAACUUGGAUGCCGAGCUCGACCAGCCUGGUCUGUGGCCCUCGCAAAUCCGAGCGCCGCGUCUGUCUUCUUACAGUCGGCGACGCAGUGACGAUGGCGACUUUGCCGCAGCUGCACCGAGCCACGAGACGGACAGUGACGAGGAAUCCGACUUGGACGUCAAUGCCAACCUUGAAGAUCUGGCGGAGCGAUCCGGCAUGCUCGAGGUUUCGCGCGGCGCCAAACGCAAGGUACCGUCGGUCGCGAUCGAAUCACAAGGGAAGGCGUCUGGCGACUCAAGCAUGGACCGCGUCAUUGCUUCCAUCCCAGCGAGGUCUCGCCGCAUCUCGGCUGCCUUGGAUCGCAUCCGUGCACAGCGCGUCUCUCGCAGCGCAGGCUGGGCGGGCUCGGAUGACGAAGGCGACAGUGAGAGCUCCAUCGUUCCCAGCUUGCCGCGCAGGACAAGCAGUCUCAAACGCCGUGCCCUUUCCAAAGGUGCCUCCGUCAAAAGCAACGACAACGUCAGCGUUGCGCUUUAUCCGGAGUCAAGUUCGCCUGUCAGCGUUUCGAAAGGUGCUGCUUCAUCACCGUUGUCGCUCCGGGUGCGGUCCCCGAGUCCUGAUCUCAGCAUCCUGACCCACGCGAGCGACGAUGAAGAGAUCCUUCUCACUUCUCAUGUGGACCUGGACACCGGCGACCUCUCCCACCAGGCGAUCCUGGACGACGAGUUCGACAUGAUGGUCGGUCAGUCGAUCACAUCGCGCUUCUCUCGGUCCAAGCCUGGAUUCAGUCCUGCGAUGAUGCGACGUGCCAGCAACGAAUCAGGAAGCGCAGAGAAGCAGACCUCUCCGAAGGCCAGUGGAGGCGUGUCCGGUGACGCGGAACAUAGCAGCGAUUCGCAAGAGACAGUUCACCAGCGCUCCGGCUCCAGACCUGCCUCGAGGAGCAGCGUAUUGGACAUCCUCGAGCAAGCCGAUGAGCUGCUCUCGUCCACUGAUCACACGAUCGGACACAGCACAGGCCAUGACACCAUCAUCAGCGAUACGGGCGGAACGAUCGGUCACGGUGGCCGGAAAGAGGGUCUGAUGGCUGGCCGUGUCUCGCCGAAGUUGGUCAGCACCUCAGCUGUCGAUGUGACUACGAGACUACCACACUACAAGGACGAUAAUGACAGGGAUCAAGCUAUGACAGCCGACGACACAUCAGCUAGGGCGCAAGACACCCCUGACACCCGCGCCGGGUCCGAGAUCUGGACGAGCUUCCAUCUCGAUCGAUCCAGCAAUGCCUCUACCACUUCGACGUGGUCGCACCCGAGUGGGGAUGACUCGCCGUCGACUACCCUCCCAAAGAUCAACGAGCUCGCACCUCAAUCAGCGCCUGCAGCGGUCGAUUCGGCGUCAAAGAGCCCAAGCAUGGUGCAGCAGCCUGCUGUCCGUGCUAGUCCGGUAUUGCGCCGAAAGAGCAGUGCGCUUCCUGUCCCGACCGCUCGAUCUUCGCUUCAGAAGCCGUCGCGACCGUCGCUGCCACUUCCAGCCAAAUCCGCAACACCACCGUUUGCACAGGCUGACAGCAGCGCAAGUCAAAGUGGGGCAUCUGCAACAAAGCUGGCAAUGAGACGCAAUCAGAGCCUCGCCAACCUGCGACCGCUGACUUUGACCAGCAAGAGCACGAGCGAUGCCACACCGUUGAAGGACGCUUCUGCAGCUCGCAAUGCCAGGCUUCCGGCUCGCUACAGUGAGGGCUUCUACACGUCCACCCCUUCGAAGGCGAUUCGGAGCGUUGGAGGAGGUAUUGCGCCAUCCAAGCUGCCGAGUCUCAGGGCGACCGCAAGCACAACGUCGUUGCGAGCACGAGCCGUCGCCGACAGCUUGCCCGUUCCGAACGGGGUGAGACGCAGCCGGUUGCCGUCGCCUGGUGCGGUCCGUGCUAGCGGUCUUCCUCGCCCUUCGCUGACGUAG